AUGAAAUAAUCUAAUCAAAAAAUUAAACAAGCUGAACUUUUAGCAAAAUAAUAAAAGUAAAAUGAAGCUUUGUUAGCUCCAGCACUUAAUUAUUUUAUGAAUGAAUCUUAGUAGACUACAGAAUUAAUACAAUCUUUGAUGCAUAUAUAAUUUCUGAAAAAUAAUUGUCCUGAAGGAAUGUAAUUACAUGAUUUUGUGAUGCAGGCUGCAAAAUAUGUUAAAUUAGAAACUUUUUCUUUUGCAUAAAUUAUAUUUAAUUAUGGAGAGUUUGGGGAUAAAAUGUAUAUAAUUUUAAAAGGAGAAGUUGGAGUUUAUGUUCCAAAAUCAAAAGAUGAUAUUGAAAAUGAAUUGAGUUUAUAAAAUAUAAGAAAGAGUAAGAAAUUAUAAAUUUAAGAUGAUGUUUUGUUAGAAAAUAGAAAUAAUUCAAAUUACUAUCAAAACGGAAUUUAUCUGUAUCAUAAAGUAUAAAAAUAAAAUAUUAAAUAAACAGGUAUUCCAAUAUUUUUCUGGAUAAUGUUUUGGAGAUGUUGCAUUAACAUCUGAUAAGCCAAGAUCGGCUAGUUUAAUAGUACUUUCUGAGAUAAUGUACUGUAUUUCUAUAAAUCGGUAAUAAUACAAAUAAAUGUGUGAAAAAGCUAUUUAAGAAUAAAAUAAAACUAUGGAAAUAUAUCAAAGAAUUUUUAAUGGCAUAUCUCAAUUCAAUAUAUCAAAAUUUAUUUAGAAUUUAAGACCAAUAUCUUUAGUUUCAUAAUCUAUUCUUUGGGAGAAAGGACAUGAACCAUAAUAGUUAUUAAUAAUAAUGAAAGGCAGAGUUGAAUUAUAUAUAAAUUUGGAUGAAUCUAAAUAUAUGUAAAAUAAAACAGUGUCAGGAGCCUUUACGAUUAAAUUAAAAAGAGUUGUGGUAUUGUUAAUAUACUCAAUAUCAUUAGUUGAGUCAAGUAACUAAUGGACAUUUUGUUGGAUAGGAAGAGUUAAUUGAAGAUAUUCCAUAACGAAAGUAUAAUUGCCAAUGCAUUGAUAAUACAGAAGCAUAUUUUAUGGAUGCUGAAACUUUUAAAAAAAUUAGAAAGAAUUUUCCAGAUAUUAUUAAUCUUUUAAAAAAUAUUACAACCUAAAAUAAAACCUAUAUAAAUCAUAGAUUAACAAAUGUUUUAAAGAGUAUUUAAGCCUAUUAAGAUAAAAUAAAUAAAGAACCUUUAAAUAAUUCAGAUAAAAAAACAUUUUAUGAAUGUUUGGAUCUUUAAUAAAUGAGUACUGAGUAAAGUAAAGUACUUAGAUCUAGAAAUAAAAAAUUAUUUACACUAUCACAAAGCAUUAAAAAGAAAGUAGAUAUUUUCUAAUAAAAAUAUAAAGAUAAAUCUCCCUAAGAUUUAAUAAUAUUAAAUCCUGAAUUGUAAUAGACUAUUUAAGAACGAUAGGAUAGAUUAUAUUAUAUUAAUAACAAAAAGUUACAAUACAAUAGACCUCAUCAUUAGGAUGGCUUUAGUUUAUCUAAUGAAAUUAAAAAUUUUAAAUUAAACUUUUCUAAGUCUUCUUAAAGAUUUUAACAAUCUGAAUAAAAUUAAUAGGACAGCAAUUUUAUUUAGUAUAGUUCACAAUGCAUUUCCGAAGCAGCUCUUUCACCUGUUAGCAAGAAAUCAUUAUAAAUUCAAUUAACAUAAUUUAGUGAUUCUUUGAAAAAAAAAUAAUAUUUUUUAAUGAAAAUGCAAUAAACUACUAUGAGAUAAACUACUAAAAGCUAUCUUUCUAUUCGCAAUAUGAAAAGUCUUCAUUCUCAAAUUAAUACUGGUAAAAUGAUUAAAACAGAAGUUAGUUUCAUGAAUGAACAAAGCUUGUAAUAUUAUAUGUUAUUGUAUAUAGAAAUAAGUAUGAGAGAUCUUUAUAAUCCCUUCCUAAAUUAUUAUUAUAAGAAAAUGAAGAAAAUUGA